AUGGAUAAAUGGUUUCGUAGCCUUACUUUUAAUAUCAUCACUAAGCUUAUUGCUGGGAAACGUUGUUUCGGUACUGUUGAUGCUGCUGGAGAUGAUGAUGAGGGUAGAAGAUGCGAGAGAGGUCUAGAAGAACUGGCAAGGUUAACUGUGAUCUUUGUUGUAUCGGAUGUACUGCCAUAUCUAGAAUGGAUGGACUUGCAGGGACACCUGAAAGCCAUGAAAUGUGUUGCUAAGGAAAUGGAUUGUUUAAUUGGGAAUUGGUUGGAAGAUCACAAGAAGAAGAAACUAGAAGGAGGUGAUCAUGAACAGGACUUCAUCGACGUGAUGCUGUCAACAUUUCCAGUGGACAAGUUGAUAUAUGGUUAUGAUCGUGAUACUGUCAUCAAGGCAACUGUACUGAUAAGCUUAUCUUAA